UUGAAUCGAAGUGACAGCGACAGCUCAACGCUAGCCAAAAAGUCUCUGUUUGUGAGAAAUGCCACAGAACGGCGGAGCCUAAGAGUUAAACGGCCUGUUUGCCAACCAAUCAUGCAAAGAGCUACGCAAGAGUGCCCCAUCCGCACUUCUCUUGACUUGGAGCUGGACCUCCAGGCAUCACGCACAAGACAGAAUCGUCUGAAUGAUGAGCUUCAGGCCUUGCGGGAUCUGAAACGAAAGCUUGAAGAAAUGAAAGGCAGAGGAGAGACAGACCUUCCCCUGUGUGUGCUAGAGGAUGAACGAUUCCAGAAACUCUUGAAACAAGCUGAAAAACAGGCUGAACAGUCAAAAGAAGAACAGAAACAAGGUUUAAGUGCUGAGAAAUUGAUGAGGAAAGCUUCUAAGGAUGUAUGCCGGUUACGGGAGCAGAGCCAGAAAGUGCCACUGCAGGUGCAGUCUUUCAGGGAGAAGAUUGCGUACUUCACAAGAGCAAAGAUCAGUAUACCAGCCCUUCCAGCUGAUGAUGUAUAAUUACGCAUUUUCAUUGAAGUGUUUUUCCACUUGCUCAUCUCUUUUCAGAUGAACUUUGUAGUUCCAGUGACCUGCUUUUGAAGAUCUUCUAUUUUACAUUCACUAUUGAUAUGUUUAUUUGUAAAAUACAGUGAAUUGAAUUGUUGUAUGCUUAAAAAAUG